AUGGAAACAAAUAAUGAAAUUUCCACAAUUUUAGAUUUAUUCCCAAAUUUAACAAUUAAACAAGCAACAGAUUGUUUAAAAACUUGUAAUAAUAAUAUUGAACAAACAAUUAAUUAUUUAGUAGAGAAUAUUGAUAUUGUUACAUCAGUAAAUACAAAAGUUGGUAGUGGUAAUAUUAAAAGUACUGAUGAUAUAAUUAAUAAUUCAACAACCACAACAACAACAUUUAAAACUGAAGAAGAUAUUGAAAAUGAAAGAUUAUUUAAAGAAUUUAUGGAAAAUGAAUUAAAACAAUCAGAAAUUAAAAAUUCAAGUAAAACUCAUUUAUGUAUGGUUUGUUAUUGUGAAUUGCCAAUAACCGAUUUUUAUAUCCUAGAUGAAUGUAAUCAUAAAUAUUGUAAUCUCUGUUUAAACACACAUUAUACAAUGCAAGUACGUAGUGGAUACAGUGACCUAAAAUGCCCAAUGCCAACAUGCAGAUACAAACCGACCUAUGAAGAAGUCCAACAUAUUCUAUCAAAAGAUUAUUUUGAAAAGUAUGAUAAAAUCUUAGUAAAUGUUCAUUUAAAUAAAGAUAAAAACAUUCGUUAUUGUCCAGAAAUCGAUUGCGGUGCUGCAAUUAUCAUGCCAUCAGAUAAUAAUAAUUCAACAACUCAAUCUGUAGAAUGCUCAAAUCAAGAAUGUAAAUCAUCAUAUUGUUUAAAUUGCAGAGAGCCAUCGCAUAGCGGUCUCACCUGUGAGCAAUAUGAAACUGCCAAAUUAGAAUUAGCAGAGUUAAUGGAAAUUGAAGAAAAUCAAAUGACCUUCAAGCAAAGAUUAAUGGAGUUAUUCAGUCAAGGUGAUGCAAAUUCCAUACUCUAUGAUAAAACUCCACCAAAAAGAGUAAGAAAUAGACUUUUCUUUCUCGCCAAAAAAUGGGGUAGAUAUGUCAAUACCGAUAGAAUUCACGAAUUACAAGUAUCAGCAUCAACUUUAAAAUGGGUUCUUGAAAAUACAAAAAUAUGUCCAACUUGUAAAAUUAUUAUUGAAAAAAUUGAUGGUUGUAAUAGUAUGGAUUGUGUUUGUGGUACAAACUUUUGUUUUGGUUGUGGUGUUAAAAGAACUGAACAUACUGCCAAAAGAUUCCCAUGUUAUGAUCCAUAUUAUUAUGAUUCUUAUUAA